AGAAGAGUAAAGUUAGUUAGGAAGGUUUUUGAAGGAAAAUUUUUGGAUGAAAAAUGAUGAAAAAAUAGGGGAGUUUAUAUCAGGAGGAGAAACGUCUAUGUCUAAAGUUUUGAGAGAAAAAAGAGUGUGUUUAAAACACAUUAGACUAAGAAAGCAGCGAUAUCGGAGGAACUGAGGGCUUUUAUUGAAAAAAAAACGGAAAAAUUCUAUAAAAAAGAUGGGGCAGAUACAAAGUCGAAAAGAAGAAGAAAAAAUAGAUACAAUAGGAUUUUCAAGUAGGUUUGAUAGUAAAGGAGUAGAAGGAUUAUGUAAAGGAGGCCAAGGGAUUAAUAGAGUUCAAAAGAGUUUAUCUUUAAGGAGUUAUGAAGGAGGAAAGAAGGAUAAGAUGAAAAAUACAGAAGGAAUAGUGGAAGCGGUAGAAAAAACAAUGGAAAAUUUAAAAUUAAAAGAAACAUCAUUAGAUGAACAAAUUUUUGAAAAAGGAUCGGAACAUGAAUUGUCAGAACGUGCAGCAACAAUUGGUGCAUCAGCAACGGAUGCCUUACCAUUUAAAAAUCAUGCGCAUACUAGGGGCUCUAUACCAUUUUCUUUCUUUGAGAAUAUUAAAACAAAGAAGAAUAAUGGUCAAGAUAAGGAAAACCAAGUGAAUCACCAACUUUUAGAAACAUCAAUUACCCAACCAUCAUUAUCUAUUCUUCAGCCAAAAGAUACCAUCCUUAUAAAACGUGAACGAGAUUCUAUUUCGGAUACAAUAACUCCGGUUAAUUCUUUAAAUCUUAAUAUGGAAACAUCAUCUACAUUUAUGUUUUUUCCUUCUUCAUAUUUAUCAUUUAAGAAUCUGGAUGUAGAUGAUAUGAUACAAAGACUAUUGGAUGCAGGAUAUUCUGGGAAAGUUACAAAAGCAAUAUGUCUUAAGAAUGCAGAGGUUUUUGCUAUUUGCCAAGCAGCACGUGAAAUAUUUUUAUCUCAACCUUCUUUAUUAGAACUUACUCCUCCUGUUAAAAUUGUUGGAGAUGUUCAUGGUCAAUAUGCAGAUUUGAUUCGUUUGUUUGAAAUGUCCGGAUUCCCACCAUCUGCAAAUUAUUUAUUUCUUGGAGAUUAUGUAGACCGAGGAAAACAAAGCCUUGAAACAAUCUUAUUAUUAUUAUGUUAUAAAAUUAAAUAUCCAGAUAAUUUUUUUCUUUUAAGAGGAAAUCACGAAUGUGCUAAUGUUACAAGGGUUUAUGGCUUCUAUGAUGAAUGCAAACGAAGAUGUAACAUUAAAAUUUGGAAGACAUUCAUUGACGUCUUCAAUACUUUACCAAUAGCAUCAAUUGUUGCUUCAAAAAUAUUUUGUGUACAUGGAGGAUUAUCUCCCUCACUUUCAUAUAUGGAUGAAAUUCGACAACUUGAGCGGCCUACCGAUGUUCCUGAUUAUGGCUUACUUAAUGAUCUUUUAUGGUCUGAUCCUACAGAAACAACGAGUGGGUGGGAAGAUAAUGAGCGUGGCGUAAGUUAUUGUUUUGGAAAAAACGUUAUUCAGCAAUUUCUUCAAAAACACGAUUUCGAUCUAAUAUGUCGGGCACAUAUGGUUGUAGAAGAUGGAUAUGAGUUUUUUAAUGAGCGUACAUUAGUUACUAUAUUUUCAGCGCCAAAUUAUUGUGGGGAAUUUGAUAAUUUUGGCGCAGUAAUGUCUGUUUCAGAAGAACUUUUAUGUUCAUUCGAAUUGUUAAAACCAUUAGAUUCUCAUCAGUUGAAACGAAAAAUGAAAAAAAGUCGCCGGAAUGGUUCACAUAUUCACUUAUCUCCUCCUGCACAUCAAUACCCUCAGUCGUUUUAAUUCGUGUAUCUCUUUAUUAUACUUACUAUUUUUUAUCGUUCUUUAUUGUAUUCAUGAAAAAUUAAGGUUAGUUUUAAUAGCAUCAAAAGUUACUGUAUACAGUUUUUGCACCUGCUCCUAACUUUUGAAAGGAAUUAUUGAUUUUAUAACAAUUUGGUUUUUAUUAAUUUACACAUGUAUAUACUUUUUACUUGCAUAAC